CAGGAAACAGUGGAGGCGCGCUCCCGCGGUGCGCUGCUAAACAUGGCUGCUCUCAGUAAGUCCAUACCGCACAGCUGCUAUGAGAUAGGACACACAUGGAGUUCCUCAUGUACGACCUCCACCCUGCAGGUGACAGCCGGCGCUCUGGAAGUCUCCUUCAAGAUAUAUGCUCCUCUGUAUCUGAUUGCAGCAAUUUUAAGAAGAAGGAAAAAGGAUUAUUACAAGAAAAGGCUGCUUCCCGAGAUCCUGCAAUCUACAUCUUUCCUGACCGCAAAUGGAGGCCUCUACAUUGCAUUUUUCUGCAUUCUCCGGAAGCUGUUGGGACGUUUCUACUCCUGGUCAGCCGGCUUUGGGGCAGCACUGCCGGCCUCAUACAUCGCCAUACUAAUAGAGCGGAAAAGCAGGAGAGGACUCCUAACAAUUUACAUGGCGAACCUGGCAACAGAGACGAUUUUCCGGAUGGCUGUCACAAGGGGUCUUGUUAAGCCUAUGAAACAUGGAGAGGUUCUUCUCUUCUGCCUGACCACAUCUCUCUACAUGAUUUUCUUCAGAUGUAAAGACGGACUGAAUGGCUUUGCAUUCUCUGCCUUAAAAUUUAUAGUUGGCAAGGAGGAGAUCCCGUCACACUCUUGUCUGGCUGAGCAUGUGUACGGACAGGGUUCGGAGAGAGACGUACAGCCACCGGAUGAGAGACUAGAGCACACGCCUGCCUCCAGGGGGAGCUGCAUCAGAGCAUUUACACGCAAACUCCUAGACUCUAUAUGCAAACAUGGACCCAGGCAUAGAUGUUGCAAACACUAUCAAGACAACUGCAUCUCCUACUGUGUUAAAGGUUUCAUCCGAAUGUUCAGCGUGGGUUACCUCAUUCAGUGCUGUUUGAAGGUUCCAUCAGCAUUCAGACAGGCCUUUACAAAACCCUCUCGACUGCUCUGGCUGCUCUACAACAAAGAGAACUUCCAGCUAGGAGCUUUCUUGGGAUCUUUUGUCAGUAUAUACAAGGGCACAAGCUGUUUACUGAGAUGGAUGCGUAACCUGGACGACGAGCUCCAUGCACUCAUAGCAGGUUUUCUUGCUGGCACCUCAAUGUUCUUUUACAAGAGCACCACCAUCUCCAUGUACCUCUUCUCCAAACUAGUGGAGACAUUGUAUUUCAAAGGGAUCGAGGCAGGCAAGUUUCCGUACUUCCCUGAGGCCGACACAGUAAUCUAUGCCAUCUCCACUGCCAUCUGUUUUCAAGCGGCGGUUAUGGAAGUGCAAAAUCUGAGACCAUCAUACUGGAAGUUUCUACUGCGGUUGACGAAGGGCAGGUUUGCCCUAAUGAACAGAAAAGUGCUCGAUGUUUUUGGGACAGAGGCUUCCAAACACUUCGGUGACUUCACGCCUAAACUUGACCCCAGAUACGUGCUGUGUCCCAUUGACAUGGACGUGUAGCUGGGCUGACAGGCCCGUGGGUAUCUGCGAGAUGUUUUCCCAUAGACCAACAAUGACACGAAGGCACGGAAAGCUCUUGCACACGAUCUCUCUCUCUUACAUUCUCUUGCCCUGGCGCUCUAUGUCAUUAAAUGUGAAGUGAAAGUGUGAAGCCAGUUAUAUGUUUACGUUGAUGUGGAUCUGAAACAUUUUGCAAUGUAAUUACCGCUGGCAAGAUGUGACCUCUGUGUUUCAUAGUCUGCAGCAUUAACUAAUCGGCUUUGAGACUAUAAAAUGCGUUUGUAAUUUUUCUGUUUUUAAAUCCAGGUAGGAAAGUACAGAGACAUUUGUUUACAGCACAGUUGGCCACCUCAGAAGGUGAUGAUGGAUUAUUUUUGGUCAUUGUCAUUUCAAAUCCUACCAAAAACGAUCAAAUCAGUAAUUAACUGUCUGCCAUAGUCAGGAUAUGCGGGUUAAGCCAUGUAAAAAGACCUUGUUGACAUCAGGGUUGUGUAUGAUCUCUUCUGUCUUUAGUGUACAAAUAGGAAUAUAUUGAGACCUUCUCAAGUACAGGUUUUAUGGAAAGUUAUUAGUACAGAACUUAACAUUUAUUACCCACCUGUUAUUGCAGAUUUAAUAGUCACGGAUAUUGUUUCAGGAGAGAAAAGCAGAUUAAAACUCAUCCUAAUAGACUUUCACCUUAACUUUCAGUAGCAGAGCUUUUUUUUAAAUUAGCAAUAACAUUAUAGAGUAAAAUCUGACAAUAUAAUCGAAGUAUUGCUGUGUAUUUGAAAUGUAAUUUAUGUAAAAAGAAAGCCUUAUGUCUUCGAUGUUUGUA